CGAACAAAGGUUAUUUCAUGUGUAUAUAAACCAGCGACAGAAAUCGUACAGCACACUUCCUUGAGUCACAAGUAGAAGUACCACAAUAGCAAUACUUCGAAGAUGAAAUUCGCAUUGGCACUGUUGGCCCUCGUGGCUACGUCUACGGCAUGGGAACUCCCAAAUGUCGGCAGAGGUGAACUCGCAAAGGAGCUCCAGGAUUUCUUGGACAUCAUGCCUCAAAAAGAAAUAGCUUCAAUCACUCUUCAGUACUAUGCCCAGGAUGCGGAAUUCCAAGCUAUGGUCGCGUACUUCAAGUCUGACGGCUUUAAGCAGCUCGUGAAAGAAGUCGAAGAUAUGCCUGAAAUGAAGGCUUUGAUGCAAUACAUAUAUGACGCCGGUCUUGACAGUUACAAGCUGCAAAAGAUGUUGAACGACUUCCUUGGAAUCAUAAACUUUGCUAAUACACAAAUUACUGGUGGAAUUCGCGGAUACGUCGAUGACAUCAAAGCCGUCAUUGCUCCCGUUAAGGACCAACUUGUCGCCCUUUACAGAGAAAAGUUGCAAAAUUCUCAGGUGUUCGCAAAUUUCGUCAACCAAUUGAAAUCCCCGAAUUUCCAGGAACUCGUCAAUAAAGUUUAUGCCCACCCCAAAUUCCAAGAGCUUUUGGAACACGCUAGAAGCAAGAACAUUGAUCUUAAGCUCAUCAGAGACUUGUUGAAGGCUAUCCUCGGCAUCGAUGUUCCCGACAUGUACAAAUAUUAAGCGAUCGAUAAAUGAAAAAUGAUUGAAUCAAGGCAGCAAAACAAUUUCUUUCUAAACACGUCAACUGUAAAACAAUAUUGUAAAUAAUUAUUCGGCCAUACAACUGUGUACUUCACUUGUGCAAAAUAAUAAAUCCCUUUUUAUGCAGAC